AUGUCAGUGCCCCGCCCUACUUCCAUGUCUUACUUUAGACCUUCUGCCCGUCGUCCGACCGCCAUUGACACUCGCUCCUCUCGUGAUAGACGUCCGCCUCUUAAUGGGCCCCCACCCCCUCCAUCGUGGUUGAAUCCGAAUAGGAGACAGAGAAAUAAUCAGCAAUCAACUCGGUCGACACCACGAACCGCUCAAGCGAGUUCGUCGACGAGAGCAGAACCUUCGUCGAUAAGAGGAGCCGGAAUGUCGAAGAAGGAGAGAAAGCAGAGGAAGGAGGAAGAGGCGAUGGAUAAGGCGUAUGGAAAUGAGUAUUGGUACAGAAGAGCUGAUGACGCUCGAUGGACCGAGUGGAGAGAAAAAGCGAUGAGUUUGGUAUUGGGAAGGAGAGCAUCGAGUUUCGACUCGGAAGAUAUUCAGAGGAGCAGCCGGAUGUUUGUCCCGUUCAAGGUGGCCCACGAUACCGAAGGGGUACCAUCCCUAUUCGAGACGACCCUCAAAUACAUUUGCGACUCUAUCGCAACAGCAUCAGGAGAAGGAUCAGACUAUGAUAACGAUAUCAUAGUAGAUGUAUUUAGCUCGCUGCCACCACACUUACGGAAAAGCCUCUUGCGCUAUAUGGCCGUUCACCAUCCACAAUCCGAGCCUCAGCUGCGACGAAUCUACGCUCUCAGCCGUGAGGAACCAUUGAUACAGGAACAAGGGGGCUUGGAACCCGAGAUCAUAAUCAGUGGGAAGCACUUGGACGCUGGAAUACUAGAUCGACUCAACCAGCCUCUCACGUCAAAAGAGUCGACUAUACAAGCCUCUGUCUCUCUCUUGCAAGAAGCCAAAACGAUAAUUCUAUUCCAAAUCUCGUCCCUCCAAAAGCGACAACUCCUCUCCUUCCCAAAGACACUCACCACUCUAGGCCUCAUUCAAACCUAUCCUUAUUCUCCCCUAGACAUCUUCGACGAAAUGAAGGCCAUCACGCCAUAA